AUGGGCCACCCUCUGCAAGGCGAGGCUGCAGGAGAGGCAGAAGCAGCCACGGGCACCGAGUCUCUGAGCAGCCCAGCACCUCAGGACCAGACUCUGGGAGGAGCCCUCCCGGAAGGGAAUGACCACCAGUCCCUGAGCCCCUCCAAGGGUGAAGAUCUCCCCACUUCUGCCAGCGAAGGCUCUCCUAGGGAGAAGGAUACUGCCCAGGAGUUCCUGCUGCCUGAGCCCAAGGCGGACACCUCCAAGCCCAGGAAAGAGCUGCAGAUCACUGGGCAGCUGGCUAGGGCUCCUGCCUCUGGGUGCAGAUCUGACAACACCUCACUGUCUGAAGGGCAUACACUGGGGCUUGCUUCCUGGGAGGGGGGCUGUGGGAGGGGCUAUGCCUCUACCCUGAGCAAGAUGACCCCUGUUCCUGGGCUGGUGGAAGAGCCUGACCCUUAUGCCACUGAGUCCAAGUUUCCCUGUGCACUUUGUCAUUUUGGCCCUGAUGUUUGGGGACUUUAUUUCUUCCAGGCAAGUGAUGCUGCAGCUGAGCCAGCUGGUUCAGUGGAAGGAGCUGAGAAAGAUGUUAAAGAUAAGACUGAGGAAGCGAAAGAGCUGCCCACAAACGUCCCUGCUUCCCGAGACCACCGCCAGGAAAUUGCAACCAAGGACCAGAUGACUGUUCCCGGAAGGAAAACAGGUGAAAAUGAGAAAGCCAAGCCAAAGAACCUGAAGAAGCCAGAGGGGAAUAACAGAAAUAAUGCAGCCCCUGUGAAAAAUGAGAAGGCGCAAAGGAACCAGAGCACACAGCGAGCUAAGGAGAGCUUGCUGAGCUCCGCGAAUGGAAUCACAGUGUACUUCCAUGCAAUUGUUUCUAAACAGUUGGAAUUCAACCCCCACCAACACCAAGUAUUUGUCAGGGGUGGAGAAGAAUUCGGGAAGCCUGCAUGGAGUUAUAAUGUUUGUGAAAUGCACUACAGCAAAGACUUACAUAAGAAUGGGUCUCUCAUUGAAGGCAGCACCAUCAUUUCCAAGCAGCACAUGAAUAAACCCAUUCCUUACAAGUACAUCAUCUGCAGCGGCAAGAGCUCUGAGGAGUAUGAGUUCAUCUACAAAGAUCAGCCAAAGGAAGGCGAGCAUGUGAACCGCUGUCUGCGGGUGAAACCUUCCCUUCUGGACUCUGGAGACUGGCAUCAGUACGAUGAUAUAAUUCGUAUGAAGCCCCCUGGGACAUUUCAGAAAUGGAUGGAUCGUAUAACAGAUGGUACGAGGAGAGACUUGGUGAAAGGGAAGCAGAUCGCGGCUGCAGUCAUGCUGGACAGCAUCUUCCGCAUCCUUGAGACCUGGAAUGCCAUCAAUUUAAUGAAAUUUUUCACCCAGUUCCAACAGCUCUAUUCUGUCAUUCGUGUGCCCAUGAUUUAUGAAGGAGAAGAACAGCCAUGGAGUACUCUACAGUAUGAAGAGAAGGAGGUGAGUAAGCACCUGUGGAAGUGUGUGACAAAGAAAAUGGCACCAUUUCUGGAAACCAGUGGGGACCAUCUGCCUGAGGACUGCCCAGUGAAGAGUAAAUUGGGAAUGGGCAUGAUCGUCCUUUUUUUAGUGGAAAAACUCGACUUCCUCUUACUGGAAAAAGACCUGGCCUCACUCUGUCACCUCCUCUGCUUGGACACCAAUUCACUAGACGCCUUUCCCAAGGACCUGAAAGACAUCCUUGAAACAUCUCAGAGCUGGCGAGCGUCCUUGGUAAACCUGUGCCAUAUGUGCAUGGAGAAAAAGGUUGACCUCUGGGUGUGUGCUCUGCCUGUGCUGCACCACUGCAUGGACCUGCCCCCGCCAGCCCAGGGCUCAGUCAUGCAGCCUGAGGACACCUGGGCAGCCCUUGAAGGCAUCUCCUUCUCGGAGUUUCGGGAAUCAAGACCAGAUCAGAAAGAAUUACUCAAGUUAAUGAUAAAGAACAGACAUUUGCUGAAUGUGGAUGAGUAUCUAUUCCGAUCCUGGUUCAGUUUGCUUCCUCUGAGUAACUUGACUCCUUACAUGGAAGACCUCAUCGAUUACCUGAGUCAGUCUCCUCUGCGUGUCCUAGACUGUCUUCUAGGGACUUGGUACCAGCUGGAAGGACUUAAGGAAAUCUCCAACAGAAACCUCCAGAGUAUUAAGAAUACUUUUAAAAUGCUGCUGCAACUUCUGGAUAUUUGUCAGGAAAAGAUUCUUGAGGAGCCCUUGAUACAGUCCUACUUGACUGUGUGCCUGAAACUUCACGAAACUACCUGCAGAAUAUCAAAAGCCCACACGUUUUAUGAGAUGCCUGCCUUAUCUGCUGAGAUUGUUUGCAGAAUUAUUAUACUUAAACCUGUAGUGGAUUCAGCAGGAGGGCCGGGAAAUGAAACUGGAAAGAAGAAUUCAGUAAAAACGGUCUUCCAGGGGACCCUCGCUGCUACAAAAUCUUGGCUUCAGAAAAUUUUUAAAAAGAGCAUGUUACAGACUGGUUCACCUGUCACCUUCACUUACAGAGAGGAGAUUGAGGUAAGCCAGUCCAGUGCAGGGGACACUGGGGUCUCCUCUGCAGAAUGGACAGCUGCUCCCCUAACAGCUGAGGGGACUGAGGGCAUGGACUCCCUGGCGGGUGGACUGUGGUCCCCACAUCAGUG